AUUUCACACCCUCCAGAAGAGGGUCAGCCAAAAGUAAUGGAGUUCCAGGAGGUGUUUGCAAAGAGCCUGUGUCGGCCCAUGGAGCAGCUGGUGGAUGUGGAGCAGGAGUACCCUGGAGUAGUGGAGCACAUCUACCUGCCUGCUUGUGUCCCACUCUGGCGAUGCUCUGGAUGCUGUGGGGAUGAGAACCUGGAGUGCCAGCCUACCCUUGAACGCAACAUCACUGUGGAGGUGAAAAGGAUCCAGUCGCCGAUGUAUUGGGACACUGUGGAACUCACAUUUGUGGAGCAUCAGAGCUGUGAAUGCAGAAUCCGUCAAAGACUCCUACAUGAGGAAAGCAGAGGUGAGUCCAUCAAGAACAGACCUCGGAGGAGGAAACACAAGAAGACAACAACCGGCUGUGGCAAGUGCCAGUUCCCUCAAAACAAGAUAAAUCGUCACUGAUUCACUUGCCUGUCCAAAAGUUUAAUUUGGAGCAGUGACUCUGAAGUGGCAAACAACAGCACAUGUGUGAAUUCAUCAUAUCUGACUAUUCAUCUUCUCUCCCUGUAUCUUUCUUCGUCUGAUGCAUCAAACAACAGAUUUUCCAUCUUGUCCAUGACAUUCUUUUCUUUUUUGAUUGAUCAUCAAAGCAAACAAUCAUCAACAGACUCCUUUGGCUCUAACUUCUGUUUAAAGGACCAAAAUAAACUUCCAUUAUAACUCAUAUAAUAUAGUUGUAUUUGUGUGAGCUUUUAAAAAAAAGACUUAGGAUACAACAGAUUCGAUAGGUAUAGAGAUAAUGUGUGGAAUGCUGCAAACUUAUCAGUGUCCAGGGGAAAGGAUUACCGUAAGACCCCCAUCCAUCCUAAAGUGUUCACUGUCAGAUCAAUGACAACAUCAACAGAGAGGCCAAACACCUUCUUCAUGACUUUAUGUUCAUUGUGACUUUUGCAGAUUGACUUCUGUUAUGAUUGCUAUGAACCUGAUUCUGAAAAAAGACGUAAAGAUGUGAAUUUCUGUAAAGUGUUACUUACUCUGCCAUGGGACAUAAUAAAUUCAUGAGAUAAAAUCCUUCCCAAAA